AUGAAAGAGGAGAACGUCCAUGCUACAAAGUUUCGCGAGGCCAAGGCCUCUCAAGGCGACCCAUCUACCCCGGUGGCUAACCUCUUUCGACUCGACGGCCGGACUGUUGUCGGUACGCAACUUCGCUGUUCCUCGAAACAGAGUGCUGAUCUUUGGGCACAAGUGACUGGCGCCAGCGGGUUCUUGGGGACUACGGUCACGGAGAGCGUCCUGGAAAGUGGAGGCGACGUUAUUUGUCUAGAUGUACUUGACAAACCAACUGCGCCGAGUUGGAGUGCUGUUGAAGACGCCGCUACGAAGCACAAUGGCCGAUUAUGGUAUUACCAGUGUGACAUGACGGAUGAAGAAGGUGUCACGAAAGCUUUCUCUGCACUUGUCACAAAUCUGCGUUACCCGAUCCGCGGUUUGGUGACAUGUGCUGGUGUAUCCGACAAUGGUCCAGCAACUGAGUUCCCAGCUGAGUCGUUUCGGCGCCUACUAGAUAUCAAUGUGACAGGCACAUUUCUGGUUGCGCAAGCGGUAGCUAAAGAGGUGCUAAAGAGCGGAGUAACUGCCAGUAUGGUUUUCAUAGCCAGCAUGAGCGGCUAUGUCUCUAAUAAGGGAGUUGACACUGCUGGAUACAACUCGUCAAAAGCGGCGGUACAUCAAUUAUCGCGCUCACUUGCUGCAGAAUGGGGAUCUCGAGUCGGUAUGCCGCUUAUCCGGGUGAACUCGCUUUCUCCUGGCUACAUUCGUACAGCCGCAACUGCAGAGGCCUUACAGAAGCCUGGAAUGGAAAGUCAAUGGACGGGAGACAACAUGCUUUACCGGCUGAGCACUGUAGAUGAGUUUCGAGCCCCAAUAUUGUUUUUACUAGGCGAUGGUAGCAGUUUCAUGACUGGUGCAGACUUACGUGUUGAUGGUGGGCACUGCGCGUGGUAG